AGACUGAUGAGACAAACAUGAACCAAUGCUCUCGAAGCACCCACGGAAACAACAGUUAGUCCUGUUCUUGUCUUUAGAACAUGCUGUUCCGCAAACAUGUUUCUACUCCACAACGCUACCCACCUCUUCUUCCCCACAAAAUUCCGAAUCUUUCAUGGUCAAGAAAUGCAUUUCACUCUUACAAAACUGUGGCUCUUCUAAACUUAAACUCAGACAAAUCCACGCUUUCUCUCUCAAGCAUGGCUUCCCACUCAACCACCCUGAUAUUGCCAAACACCUUAUUUACAACCUUGUUUCCCUCUCAACUCCAAUGUCAUAUCCUCACAAAAUCCUUUCUUGUAUCCAGACCUCCAAUGUAUUUAUUUGGAAUACCAUGAUUAGAGGCUAUGCUGAGAGUGAAAACCCAAAGCCAGCCCUUGAGUUAUACCGCCAGAUGCAGGCGUCUUGAAUCGAACCUGAUAACCACACUUACCCUUUUCUUUUAAAAGCCGUUGCAAAGCUGUCGGAUGUAAGAUUCGGGGAAAAUGUACAUUCCACUGUUAUAAGAAAUGGGUUUGACUCGUUGGUCUUUGUUCAGAAUUCUUUGCUUCACAUGUAUGCUGCUUGUGGGCUCGUCGAUACUGCGUAUAAGGUGUUUGAAUUAAUUCCUGAGAAGGAUGUUGUGGCUUGGAAUUCUGUGAUUAACGGGUUCGCUCUUAAUGGGAAACCUAACGAGGCUUUGACUCUCUUUAGGGAAAUGGGGUUGGAGGGUGUGGAGCCUGAUGGGUUUACUUUGCUUAGCUUGUUAUCUGCUUGUGCUGAGGUUGGUGCUUUGGCGUUGGGUCGGAGAGUUCACGUAUACAUGGUGAAGGUAGGCUUGACUGAUAAUUUACAUGUUAAUAAUGCGCUUUUAGAUCUUUAUGCAAAGUGUGGAAGCAUUAGAGAGGCAAAGAAAGUAUUUGAUGAGAUGGAGGAAAGGAAUGUAGUUUCUUGGAGUUCUUUGAUUGUUGGAUUGGCUGUUAAUGGCUUUGGUAACGAAGCACUUCAGCUUUUCAAUGAGAUGGGAAGAGUGGGAUUGGUGCCUAGUGAAGCUACUUUCGUUGGAGUUCUCUAUGCUUGUAGUCAUUGCGGGAUGGUUGAUGAAGGUUUCAGGUAUUUUAAAAAGAUGAAAGAGGAAUAUGGGAUUUUGCCCAGGAUAGAACAUUAUGGUUGCAUGGUUGAUUUGUUGGGUAGGGCUGGCUUGGUAAAGGAGGCAUAUCAAUAUAUCCAAAGCAUGCCAAUGAAGCCUAAUGCUGUUAUUUGGAGGACAUUGUUAGGAGCAUGCACAAUACAUGGCCAUUUGACUUUAGCAGAGUAUGCAAGAGCUCGAGUAUUAAAGCUAGAACCGGGAUGUAGUGGUGACUAUGUGCUCCUCUCUAACCUCUAUGCAUCAGAGCAACGCUGGUCUGAUGCACACAUAAUGAGGAGAAAAAUGCUUAGGGAAGGAGUGAAGAAAGUUCCAGGUUAUAGCCUUGUAGAGUUGGGUAAUCAUGUUUAUGAAUUUCUCAUGGGUGAUAGAACUCAUCCACAUAGUGAGGAAAUUUUUGCAAUGCUAGCGGAAAUAACAAAGAGGUUAAAAUUAGAAGGUUAUGCUCCCCGUACAGAAAAUGUACUAGCGGAUAUAGAGGAAGAAGAUAAGGAGAAUGCUUUGUCUUACCAUAGCGAGAAGAUUGCGGUUGCUUUCAUGCUACUUAAGACAGCACCAGGGACCCCGAUUAGGGUUGUAAAGAAUUUGAGAAUUUGUGCAGAUUGUCAUUUGGCAAUUAAGCUUAUAUCAAAGGUUUUCGAACGAGAGAUUAUCGUGAGGGAUCAAAGCCGGUUUCACCAUUUCAGAGAUGGCUCCUGUUCUUGUAGGGAUUACUGGUAA